GUCCUCGGAACUUUGUGCACACAGCCUGCGAUUCUUGGUGCGUAAGUGCACUUCUCGCUUGGCCAGCGAGCCAGAGCCACCGGCGUGAGCGGAGUGCCAGUCAUGGGGAUUGGUUCGGCGGUAUCAACACCUAAGACCCAGAUAUGAUAUGUCGACCGUCUGGAAGCCAGCAGUCAACAAAUCUUUUUCCCCGCAUAUGAUUCUCGGGCAAUCUGCAAUACGGGGAAUGCUACACUUGCCCCUCUAAUGCUGCGAUUACAACCCUGGUUCAGCACCGCUCUCUUUCCUCGACCACGUCCACCAUGGGCCUGUUGAUCAGCCUGCUCUAUCCCUUGACGUAUUUCCUGCCUACACUCUACUUUGCGAGCAAAACGAACACGAUCAAUGUGAGAACCUCGGCAUAUUCGAAGGAGACCCGGCAGGAGUCCUUGCAGACGUUCGUCAAGACACGCUGUCCGAGUCUUCUAAAGCCGUUCAUUCCUGCGUGGUGGCUAUUCAGCGGUCAUCUACAGGUCGGAUACUGCGUGUUGGGUGACUUCUCCAAGGCCGAUAAGGUAGAAUACGAUAGGACUCUGCUUCGCACAGUUGAUGGAGGAACAAUAGGUCUCGACUUCACGCCGCCCAAGAACGAGCAAAUGCUAGACGACGAUGUUCCCAUCGUUGUCGUUCUUCACGGACUCACGGGAGGUUCAUACGAGUCGUACGUGCGAGCUGUGCUAAACCCGGCGUGCACGCCGAAGGAGAGAGGCGGACUUGGAUACCGAGGCGUCGUCGUCAACUUUCGCGGUUGUGCCGGAGUUCCUCUCACAAGUCCUCAGCUAUACUCUGCCGGACAUACCGAUGAUAUCCGAGUGGCCGUGUACUACAUCAGGAAGCGGUAUCCCAGAGCACCGCUGAUCGGCGUCGGAUUCUCCCUGGGUGCGAACGUCCUGACGCGAUAUAUGUCCGAGGAAGGCGAGAACUGUCGUAUGAUCGCUGGAUGCGUCCUCGCUUGUCCAUGGGACUUGGUCGUGAACAGCCACCGCAUCGAAGGCAAAUGGUUUCACCGGACAGUCUACUCAGCAGGCAUGGGCCAGAACCUGCAAGGUAUCAUUCGGCAACACGCCCACCGCCUCGUCACCUUCACCGACCACCCCGUCAGCAAAGCCGUCGAAACGACGCUCGCGCUCGACAAGCCGCCCAUUCGGCUGUUCGACCAGUACAUGACGCGGCUUAUCGGCGGGUCGUCCCCGCUAUUCCCUAUGCCAACUUCACUGCACUACUACGAAUGGGCGUCGUGCCACACCGUGCUCCCGGGCAUUAAGGUUCCGUUCCUCGCGAUCAACGACUCGGACGACCCGAUCGUGCAGUGCGAGCCGCCGUACGACGUCGGCGGGAACGGGUUCGUCGCGCUCGCGGUGACGAAGAAGGGCGGGCAUCUCGGCUGGUUUGAGUCGGCUGGUGGGCUGCAGGCAAAGCGUUGGGUCACGAAGCCGAUCAUCGAGUGGCUGAGCGCGGUCGGCGAGGAUAUGGUGACGGAGUUCAGAGCAGGUAAGCCCAUGCGGGAGGUCGACGGAUUCCUGAAAGAGGAGGGCAGAGACGAUAUCGGGUGCAUGGAGAUUGAAGGAGGCGGGCAUAUUGUGGGCACUGAUGGAGAAGAGGGCCUCCUUGCUGGUUUAUGAUCCCACAUUAGAAUCUGCGGUCGUUGCAGGUAUUAGAUGAAUAUAGAAGCUGUAUCCUAUGGUAUACAAUGGUGGUACUUUUUACAUCGUGUGGUAUUGACAUAACCGUUCAUGAUGGUUGUCCGUCCCGGGUAUCAACAGUGAAGGGUCCUUUAUAGAAGAGCCGUGAUAGAAAGCCCGCCCGCAAUCGCAAGAGCUGCAGCCAAUGCGCUCGAUGAGCCUGGCGAUGUGGUCAAUGAGACAGCCGCAGACGUGGCGAGGCUCUCUGUAGAAUUUGAGCUGUUCUGUGACGCUGCACAUCCACCUGGUGCCGUGCAGC